AUGUCGCUGUUCAGAAUUGGAGGGGCCGCUGGCCUCCGAGCGACUCGCCUUGUUGCACCCGUCAAUGUCCGUUUUGCCUCCAAUGUGGCCCAGGGUACACCCGCAAUCAAGACCAAUGCCUCUGAGGCUCCCACCACCACUCACAGCGGUAGCUCCUUGAUCAACAAGGAGAACCCUUCCGAGGCAAUGACUCUUCCCAAGCGCGUUAUGGAUGGCAGCGAGCCUGGCGAUACCUUGCCUGCUGCUGUUCUCUCCGGUGCCCCGACAGACCUCCAGGCCCGAACUGUCAGAAUCUUCCGCCCCUCGAAGCCCGCUACUCAAUCCGGUACCUGGCAUUCGCACCACUGGCGUAUGGAGUGGGAUAUCCUACAGAAGGGUCACCGUUGGGAGAACCCUCUCAUGGGAUGGCAGUCAUCUGCGGAUAGCAUGCAGGGCACCAACAUUAAGUUCAACUCCAAGGAGGAUGCCAUCGCUUUCGCACAGAAGCAGGGCUAUGAGUACUUCGUUCAGGAGCCCAAUGAGCGCCGUUUCACCCCCAAGGCUUAUGCCAACAACUUCGUGUUCGAGAACAGGAAGCUUAAGCACAUCAAGACUAAAUGA